GCGCACCCCAUUUCUCACGUCCGUUGAUCUUGUAACAAGCGUAAAGGACAUGUUGAGGUUCACGCUUGUUCACUUUGAAACACCAUAGUCCCUCCCCCCUGCAUUAUAAACAGUUUUAUCUUGACAUUACCUGUUUUGGGUAACAUAUCUGUUAGCCAAAAUGAAGAGUAACAACAUACAAUAUUUACUGAGCCUUGUCCCAGGGAAACAAAGUCUAGGGACGUACAGGUUUCUCCCCAUCUUCUUCUGCAUCGGAGGCGCCAUGGAGUGGAUCAUGAUCAACGUGAGGAUAGGAAAAGAGACUUUCUAUGAUGUCUACCGAAGAAAACAAUCGGAACGGGACUAUGAGAAGAAGAUCGCUGAUGGUUUAAUAGUUCUUAAUGAGCCUACACCCAAGUGACCGAUGGCCAGACUAAAUGUGGACUUGCUGUGUCACCUAAGGACACAUUAUUGGACUCUCGCUCCCUACUUGUUUCCAACAGGCUGGAAUGGACUUCAUAGCAUGUAACAACAACCAUGUGAAAGUUAUGAGUGAAAGGCUUAUGGAGAAACAUGCACGUUUAUUGCUAUUAUCUUCAGAUUAAGAAAACAUUUGCAGUAAUAAUAAUAAUGGUAGCUCAAAUGAAAGAAUGAAAUCAUCUCCAGAAUGGCUAUAGGAUACUGAAGUUAAAUUCUUAAAACAUUGCAUAGCACCUGCUCAAACAAAACAGCCAAGCCAAAUUGUACUUAAC